UUGCCAAAAAAAGAAAAAGGUUAAAAUCGUCGUCUUCUUUGUUUGGCUGCUACACAAAUUCCGAUUCCGAUUCCGGCGGAGGAAGCUAUAACUCUUGUUCAAUGGAUCCCACAUCUUCUUCUUCUUCUUCUUCUUCUUCUCUUAGAUGGAACAUUCUUCGUCAAGCACUUCUCCGUAGAUCUGAUUCUCAGUCUCAAGCUGAGAUCAAGCGGAUUUCAAGGAAAGCUACUCAAGGAUUCAACUUGAUUCCGUGUCAAGUGGUGGAUUCUUCUCUGCAGUCAGAUCAUUCUCGGGAGGCUUGCGUUUGCUACACUAUUCCCAUCACUGGUUCUCCGAAGCUCUAUCUAACACAAAGAGUGGAUAAUUGCAGUGAUCUCAAUGACUUCGAGAUAUCUAAUCGAUACAACAUUGAUAAUACUGGACUUGUCUGUCAGUGGCCCUCAGAAGAAGUCCUAGCAUUCUUUUGCAAGUCUCAGCCAGAUCGUUUCAGAGGUAAAAGAGUUAUUGAGCUUGGCUCGGGUUAUGGAUUAGCCGGUUUAGUUAUUGCAGCUGCCACUGAGGCAUCAGCAGUGGUAAUCUCAGAUGGAAAUCCCCAAGUAGUUAAUUAUAUUAAGCGUAACAUAGAAUCCAACUCCACGGCAUUUGGUGGCACAAGCGUGAAAGCCAUGGAGUUGCACUGGAACCAGCAUGAACUUUCAGAGUUAACCAACACUUUCGACAUCAUUGUUGCUAGCGACUGUACAUUUUUCAAGGAAUUUCAUAAGCACCUUGCAAGAACUAUCAAGAUGCUGCUUAAAGCCAAAGAACCCUCCGAAGCAUUAUUUUUUAGUCCUAAGAGAGGUGACUCCUUAGAAAAGUUCUUAAAGGAGAUUAAAGACAUUGGCUUACACUACGUCUUAACUGAAAACUACGAUGCACAAGUUUGGAAGCGCCAUGAGACGCUUGUUAUAGGAGACGAAGCUUGGCCUAACUAUGACAAGAAUCAUUGCUACCCUUUACUUAUUCAAAUUACGAAUCAUAUCUAGUCAAGACUGUCAUAUUUGCGGAUAUGGAUGGCGAAUAAACGCAGUAAUCAAAGCUACAAGCUGAUCCAACAGAGAGUCAAAAGGAGAGCGAAAGAAGCUGUAUUUCUAGUCGAUUCUCCAAUGGCCAUACCCGCGAAAUAAGUAUGCACUGAAGAUGGUUCUUCUAUCUCUUGUUGCAUAUAUCUGUACUCGACUCAGUUCCAGAACCAGAUGCAUCUCCUGUCUCUUCAGGAGGUGGUUCUCUCGAAGACUUGAAACUGUUUCACACAAUACAAAUACAUUAAUCAGACGCUCAAAGCUUUCCAUCUUAUAAACUCCAUCUUUUGAAACUGUUUUGACUAAAUUUUUUUGCCAUACCUGGGCAACUUGGGACAGAAAGUGAUGGUUUGAUCAGCAUCACUACAACUGAAAGUACUUCUGCCGUCAUUGUCAAAUUUGAAAUGAAAUGAGAGAAACUUAGAUAAAGAAAACGAGCGAUCGCUGACCACCACGGAUCAAGAAGAUGAUAAAUCCAAGAACAGAGGCGUAAAGUGAGAGAUAAAGCAAACAAAGCCAUGUGAGUUCGUUCCUAAACUGGAGUAAUUAGAGAAUCCUAAAUGGAGGGAAUUCGUGUGAGUGGGAGAGAAUCUUUUAUCAUAAGUUCCCAAAUUUGAUUUACCUCUGCAACUGAUUCUGCUUUGUGCUAUUUGUCAACGGGAAUUUUGGUUGUGAAAGAUCGAUGAAUAAACAAAUAUAGCAACU